CUGCGAGCGAGAUUUGCAUGCCCACCAAGAUGCCUGAGACCUCUCUUCCAGUCUAUAUCCUCUGCCUACUCACCUUGUCUUCAGCUUCCUACGUCCAGAACUGGUAUUCAGAAGGAAAGAGACCUGACCCAGACAAAGAAAUCAGACAGUGCCUCGCCUGUGGUCCUGAAAAGAGUGGACACUGCUUUGCUCCCAAUAUCUGCUGCGGGGAGGAAUUUGGCUGCCACUUUGGCACCUCGGCAACCCAGAGCUGCCAGGAGGAGGAUAAGCUGCCUGACCCCUGCAUGUCCGGCUGGAAGUGGUGCGGUGAAGAAGGGAGAUGUGCACUCUCGCGCAUGUGCUGCGGUAUCGAGGGCUGCACCGAUGAUGCGGAGUGCAAGCGUCCACCGAAGCCCACAGAAAAAUAAGAGUCCGAAGAAUACCCUAAAUAGUGUAAAGAAGACAUAAAAAUUGGGAGACCAAAAUGUAAACACACAACACAUAAUAA